GAAGUUUUUUGUUUUGGUUUUGGGGUGAAGUGAGAAAAGAGAGAAAACGGAUGUCACGUGACAUUGUUGUCCGCCUCUGAACAUGGCGAUGUUUACGUUAUCGCACUAAUCAAGCCGUACCGGGAGUUGCGCCUGUUUCCCGGUGGCAGGACCCGGUAUCCAAACACUAUGCAGCAAGAAGCGAGCAAGGAAAAGCCCGUUAAGAAGAAAAAAAUCCGGGCGUGGACCGAGGCAGCGCGCAUAGUUCUCGAGCUGCACCCUCACACACCCAUGUCCCACAAGGAGAUCUUCUCCGAAAUAUGCACCCGGGGACUCAAGGACGCGAGCCCGGCUUCACUGGCCUGCCUUAACGCUAUGCUGCACGCACACUCAAGGGGACCCGAGGCCAUCUUCUACAGGGUCUUCGGGGCCACCAGCGUCUUCGGUCUCAAGAGCGACAUUCCCAGCAGUGCAGUCAGCAUGGAGGUGGACGAAGAUUCAGGUCCGGAGACGGAGGACUCGGAAUCAGGAGUGGUCAGCUUCGUGCGGGACCGCAAGAAGGCCAAAGUACUGUACGUCAAGCUGCCGGGCAACUUCCGCUCAGGCAAGGGUCUCUCCCCGGAUUCUGUGGCGAAUGGGGAGCCCAACGUUCUCCUUCCGAUGGCCAACGGGUCUUGCAGUGCUGUCGAGUUGGGCAGAGAGGUCCUGCCACCGGCCCUGAGCUACGGAGGGGUGCGCCACUCGAUGCGGCAACAGAAGCGCGCCAACGCCUGCCUGGACUUUUCCGAACAGCGGUCCGUAGCCUGUGCACCGGUGGCGGUGCAGCGCAGCUCGGCGCGUGUGGCAGCCAAGAGCGUGGGUACGGCACAACAGUUGUCGGCGGCAGAUCGGCCGCAGACGAUGAGCGAGAUCCUGGCGUCCCUCCCCGGUCUUGGACUGAAGCCGCACAAGCGAUCCUCCCGCAAGUUGAGCAUGACCGCCCAGAUCGCCGAGACCAGGAAAGGCCUCGUCGACCUCGAGACUCCCGACUCCAUCUUGGUCAACACCAACAUCAAGGACCUGCUGACGAGGCACACGCUGUCGCUGCUGCCCCCGCUGUACCAGUACCGGCUGGUGCAGCUGCUCCCCGCAGCGGACCGGUGCGCCUGGGACGCGAGCUCGGUGGUGCGGCUGAGCGGUUCCGCCCUGAGCAACGAGUUCUUUGCCCGGGCCUGCCAGGAAUGGCGAGAGCGGCUGGCGGACGGGGAGCUCACCCACGAGAGCCGGCUGAGGGCCAGGGCAGAGCGGGAGCGCGCCUCCCGCCUGGACCCCUGGAAGGUGGCCAACUUCGAGGACGUCUGGGGCCACAGGCUUCCGUCCGAGGAGCGCCUGGCGUCGCUCAGCCUGACACCGGGUCCCCUGGCGGUGCCCUCUGCCAAGGGGGCGCACAAGAGCGGCCGGCCCCUGAGGAGGGGUGCCUCCGCCCACAGGACCAGCCCCUCCAGGCCCACUCCGGUAUCGAGGGGACGGUGUCCGGCAAGGCACGCGGUGCGGGGCAAGGCGUCGCUCAAGCGAGCGGCGGCCGCUAGGAGGGCGGCGGAGAGCCCAGCCGCCAAGAGGCUCAAGGAGGUUCCUUCCCCGUCGCCGGCUACUCCAGGGGUGGAGCCUCUGGUGGCCGCCAACGAAGCCCCCACGGCAACCGACCAAGUUGAAGACGAGCCCCAGGUUGUGCUUGUGGCAGAGCCCGAGGCUCCAGCGUCCCCUCCCCAUGCAGCCUCCUCCCGCCUCGAGGAGGAACCCCCGCUCUGCAUCACCCCCGAGGUCCCGUCUGUGGCUCCCGGGUCGGCCAACACCCCGGGACCCUCGGACGAACCGUCGGAAGGUCCGUGUCUCGACGAGGAGCUGGAGACGCUGUCCGCCGAGCAGCUGCUCCUCAGGGUCUACGACGAGACGGACGUCAAGUCCGACGGCCCCGACGAAGACCCGGACGCAAAGUACGACGAUGCAGAUCUGCACAAGUACGUCGAGUGCGCGGAGGAACUCGUCGUCACGCCGGCGCCCAUCGUCACUUCGGAGCCGUGCGGCUAUGACGUGCUGUCGGAGGACGGCGUUGCGGCCGAGGUGGCAGUCACCGUCGAGGCUGCCGUGGCAUCCGAAGAGGACGACGAGGAGUUAAUGCGGGUGGCAGAACCGAUGCCGGAGGUCCGCGCUAUGAGUCCGCUCCCGCCGCCGGCUGUGGAAGAGGUGGUUGUCAUGGCGGAGGAAGAGGAGGAGGAGGAAGUGAUGCUGGUGACGACGGUUGAACACGACGCGCCCGUCAUCCUGGCGACUGCAGAAGGCGUGCCACUCGUCGAAGGGCUGCUGCAGACAGAGGACGUCUUGGUCUUGGGUGCUGGGGAGGAGGUGGCGCCGCCCGGCCACGCAUUGGAUCACGUGGCACUGGAAGUGGUGGCGCAGGAGGAACCGCCCCUGGAGGCCCAAGUGGUCGAGGUCGAAGAAGUUCCGCUGGAGCUGGACAUUGCAGACCCGACGAUCGCGAUGCCGAGGCUGCCGUGGGUUUUCCAGGAGCCCGCGAGGCCGGAGCCUCGCAGCGCGACCCCGGAGCCCGCCGUGUCGCUCCAAAGAACGGCGCAGGUGCCACGGCCGUCCAGCGUCCCUCUGGUCGUCUCUGAGGGCAGAGCGGCUCGACCCUCGAGCGCUCCCCUUGUGGUUCCGGAAGGCGGCGUCGCGCUCCGAGCGGUCCGCAAAUCGCUCAGCUGCAAGGACCUGCUGGCACUGCAACGGCAAGGGGCAUCCGCCGUCUGCAUAUCGCUGGAGCCGCUCGCAGCGACGACGGUGGCACGCCUUGUUCCCACGGCGGCAGCGGGCAACGGGCGGCGGCCAGCGCCAGACGGUCGGGGCACGGGGGACGGGGCCUGCGGAUGCAACCUGAGGGCCAUGGCCAUCUGCCGCAAGUGCGGAGCCUUCUGCCACGACGGAUGCAUCGGACCCUCCAGGCUGUGCGUCACCUGCCUCAUUCGGUGACCGGAGACCGCUGCCGGUCGCGGUGACGGUGCCUGUUACGGGGAGACACCAAUAUUUAUUUGAAGGGGGAAGGUAUGGAGCGCGUUCCUCUUGUUACAAACUUUUUUCUUUCUUUUUUUUUUUUUUGACAUGUAAAUACAUUUUUUCAGUCGAGCAAAA